AUGGGUGGCGCUCAACGUCGGUGGAGUGCAUGUGGAGUGCGAUUUUCGACGACGCGGUCGACUCUCACAUCGUUGCCUGGAACCGUGCUCGCCACGAUGUUUGCGCCUGGCUCGCAGUUCUCGCUGCACCGCGACACUGAAGGCGCGGUGCUCAUCGACCGGGACGGCCGCUACUUUGGCGUGAUUCUCAAUUUUCUGAGGCACGGCACGCUCGUCAUCGACCCCGGCCUCGCCGCCCGCGGUGUGUACGAAGAGUCCGUCUUCUUUGGAUUGGAUGCCAUCGCUGCCGCGCUCUCGCCACCGCCGCCGCCCGCGGCGGCUCCAAGCACAUCGGAGUUUCAGAUGUUGAUUCAUGUGGGUAGGAGGCCUAAACCGACCAAACCCUACAUCCUACACCCCAAAGCCCACUAA